AUUUGAAAUGUGUAAUGCAAUCGUUCCUCGUUCCUCGUUCCACGACCAGGCAGUUCUCUUCGGGCUGAGUCUUCCAGAUUGGCGAACUCGUCUCGCUGGACUUAGUUACACAUCUGUCUCUGGCACUUCGGUUGAGUCGCUGCAUCGCUGGACUGGAACUUUGCGCUGCGAGGAAUCGGAAUCCGAAUCUGGAUCGAAAUUGGAAUUGCCGUGCUAAAAUCUCUCGAAAUCCGGAUUUGUGUCAUAGUUUCCAUCACUCGAUCGGAAUGAGUUCGGUUAAGUAUCUAAAGAAUAUGACUGAAAAGGAACGCGAUGAGUUCUUUGACUCAUUCGAUUUGGUUUUCUGCGAUUGCGAUGGUGUUGUUUGGUAUCCACUGAGGGAUUUCAUACCCGGUUCCGCCGAGGCAUUGGCCCAUUUGGCCCAUCUUGGCAAGGAUGUGACCUUCGUGACCAACAACAGCAUCAGUUCGGUGAAGGAGCACAUCGAGAAGUUUGAGAAACAGGGCCAUCUAAAGAUUGAUGAGCAUCAAAUCGUUCAUCCUGCCCAAACCAUCUGCGAUCACUUGAGGUCCAUUAAAUUCGAGGGACUCAUCUACUGCCUGGCCACGUCGCCAUUUAAGGAAAUCCUCGUAAAUGCCGGAUUUCGUUUGGCCCAAGAGAAUGGUUCGGGAAUCAUCACGAGGCUGAAGGAUCUGCACGAGGCCAUCUUCUCUGGCGAAUCGGUGGAUGCGGUCAUCAUCGACGUUGACUUCAACCUGUCGGCGGCCAAGUUGAUGCGUGCCCAUUUCCAGCUACAGAAUCCGAAGUGCCUUUUCCUCGCCGGAGCUGCCGAUGCUUUGAUUCCAUUUGGCAAGGGUGAAAUCAUAGGACCUGGAGCCUUUAUCGACGUGGUGACCCAGGCCGUUGGCCGUCAGCCCAUAACCUUGGGCAAACCGGGCGAGGAUCUGCGCAAGCUUCUACUGGAACGCCAUCGGGAAAUUCCGCCCAGCCGCGUGCUCUUCGUGGGCGAUAGCCUGGCCAGCGAUAUUGGAUUCGCUCGCGCCAGUGGCUACCAGACGCUCCUCGUCCUUACCGGCGGCACAAAGCUGGAGGAUGUCCAGCGACUGCCGAUUGACCAUUCCCAGAUGCCCGACUAUCUGGCCGAUUGCCUGGGCCAGAUAGCAAUCAAUAAUAAUCCGGCAUCGAGUAACUCUGACUCGGCGCAUUCGGUGUGAUGAUAGUGUUCAAGUAUUUGUCAAUCUUAUCUGCUGAUUUUUAACCAAGUUUGUUUGUUGGUAAUAGGCGGAAACCCAAAGUGACUCCGAUUACUCACUGCACAAUGUGUUCCUUGACUUUGGAAGUGAGGAAUACCCUAUAAUCUAGACAUUAUCUACUAUAAUUAGUGCAAAAGUUUCAAUUAACUUGCAUCUCUUUUUUGUUUUUUAAAAGGCAUUAAAUCUAUAUUUUUUUUGGCGAAAUUUAUAAAUAAAACUAAACUUUUUAUUUGUUCAC